AUGGCUGUUUCUUUUCAUGCUCGUUCUAACAGCGUCCCCUCUUUACAACACCCACAAGCUGCUUAUGUCGAUGAGCAGUUGACCAGAUUAAGAUCUUCUGAGGCAGUCUCUUCAUCUUCCAGCUCUUCCAUCUACCAAAGACUAAGCAACCUUCAAGAUUUAUAUGAUUCUCUUGAGAAAAUGAUUCGCCUAUCUAUCGCCAACCAGACUUUAUCUCAAGAUCAGAUCGAGAAGCUUAUUGAUGGAUCCCUCAUGAUCUUGGAUUUGUGCAACGCCUCCAAGGACGCUUUGUCGCAGAUGAAAGAAGGUUUCAAAGAGAUUCAAUCUAUUCUACGGAGAAAGCGUGGAGAUCUAUCAGCAGAGGUCAAGAAAUACUUAGCCACAAGAAAGUCUCUCAAAAAGUCAUUCCAAAAAGUGCUCAAGAACUUGAAAGUGGGACAGAACAAAGAGACCACGAGUAGAUCAUUGGUUGUGUUUGGACAAACAGAAGGUGUAACAGUUGCUUUGUUUGAAUCUCUGUUUAGUUUCAUGUCCGGAUCAAAGGCCUGUGGAAAAUGGUCAUUGGUUUCGAAGGUUAUGAGCCAGAACAAAGCUACAUGUGAAGCUGAAGCAAAUGAAUUCACAAGAGUGGAUUAUGUGUUUCAAUCUGAGAAGUUAUUGAAGAUGGAAGAUGUGCAGAUGCUAGAGUCGUGCAUUCAAGAUCUUGAAGAUGGAAUUGAGUCACUCUCAAAGUCAAUGAUCAAAUACAGAGUCUCACUUCUUAACAUCGUAUAGGUCUUUGCGCCUGUAAAGUUUUGUACGGAAAUGGAAAUGUUAAUAUACA